AUGCAGGCUUGUAUGAAGUGGGAUUCAAAGGAUCCUGAUUGUGACCGGGAAGGUAGAAUUUUCCCACUUACUCGAGAAGAAGGCUGGGUGGGUAGGAUUUCUCGCAAGAGUGGCGAUGGAUUCGUAUUCAAGGAAUGCGUCUCCGCUGUCUUUAUCAACGUCCGCCACGAGGAAGAUUGUACAACCUACAGAUUGCUCUCCUGGCGAGACGAAGAGAUCCGAGAUGAGGGUCAUGACAUCAACAAACCCGGCAUUAAGCUUGAUAUUGGCGACUGUGGGAAGGAUGGAGUGGCCUAUGCCGACUUUUUGACUCACAUCUUGAGAGCCUAUGCUACCUGGGCCGCUACAUGGACUGAUACAUUGGACGAAGUUGACCGCUUAGUUGGUAUCCAGACGCAUGAUACGCGUGACGAGAAGCUUUUACGGACUCUCAUGUUUGAUGCCUCGUUCAGAGUUUCAGAAAAGUACUUCUCCGUGUUGCAAAUGCUACGUAUUUUUCAAAAUUGGAUCGACGAUACGCAGAAAGAGUUUGCUGGAUUGAAGUUUAACUUUCUUCAACAGGCUUGGAGUAUCAGACAAGGGUCAUGCGAAAAAUAUCCUGAUGUGGACAUGGAAUCUAUAGAGAAACUUGCAGACCAGGUCAAAGAAAGACUAGAUAUUUUGGCGGAGAGCCUGGGAGACCGUAUUGAGAAGAAGAAAUCUGAAGUGGAGAGUCUCAGAGAUGGCGUAAGUCCCCCAUAG